AUGAGCUCCUUCAUCAACAACGACCAGGGCAGCAUCGACUUCAAGCUGAUCGCCCUCAGCCUAGACGCGGGCACCCGCGUCUGGACGAGCAAGGUGGACCUCGUCUACCGCAGCACCCAGAAGGUCUCCAACAGCCUGUCGAUGGCCACCGGCGAUGAGAAGGCCGGCGGCGGGGCGAACUUUGAAGACGAGGAGGGCCUCUUUGAAAACUCCUUUUUGCGCAACGAGAAGAAGAAGGCGGCGGCGAAGAAGCGGCGAAAGAUGGCGCCGACCAUCGUCGCCAACACCGACACCAUCAACGGCAAGCUGGAGAUGAACAUCGCCGUUGACCCGCUCUUUCACCACUUCUCCGCCGCCUUUGACGUGGGCAACGUCAACUCGAUGCUGAUGACCAACCUGGCCAGUGACCCGUCGGGCGUCCUCCUCCUCGACUCCGCCGAGAUGCUCAACUUUGAUGAUGCGUACAAGCAGGAGAAGCAGCCCUCGAAGACCACCACCGUCGACCUGUCCGACUUUCACAUCACCCUCGGCGGAAGCCGUCAACGAGACCUGGAGAGCGAAGAGUACGGCGGUGGCAUCACCGUCUGCCCGCCGAUGGGCGACUUUGACAUCACCAACUUCUCCUUCAACGACCGCGACGCCUCCAUUGACCACCUGGUGAGCGGAAGUAUGACCUCGCCAAUGAAGAGCACCGCCUUCCCCGCCACCGGCGGCCCCUACGACGGCGGCCAGGGCCGCCCUAGCUUUGAGUUUGACAUUGACGCGCCGGUGGACGACGUCGACGUCGGCGAUGAUGAUGACUACGGCGGCGACCACGAUGGAGGUGAUGGAGGUGGUCACCACUCGGGCGAUGAAGAUGGCGGCGGCUGCGGUGCCCACGGCAAAGACCACCACCCCCAGGCCAACCAGCUGUACAACCAGCUGGACGCCUCCCUGCUGGAGGCCAGCAUGAUGGACAUUCUGCCCGCCAACAAGAACGAGUUCUUCAACAAGAACUUCCUCCGGCAGGUCUUUCGCAAGGUGCCCUUCAAGCAGGGCGCCGGCCGGUCGCUGCUUGACGGGCCCGGCCUCGAUGAGAAGACCGCUGAUGGGUCGUCGGCCGCCGCUGAAGCCAAAAAGACCGCUCGACCGAAGCGAACGCGGCCCACCUUUGAGGAGAACACCUACGCCGCCUCGAAGGACGUCCUGGAGGAGCUCUUUAAGCCGCCCACGCAGGAGGUGAAGGACUCGGUCAGCGUUGCGCGGCCCACACUGAACCGCUGGUCGAUCAACUCCGAGCGGAAGCACCUGAAAACCGACUACGGCUUUGAGACGCGCCACCUGAAGGCACUCUUCGCCAAGCCGGACACCUACUUCAAUGACCUCCGGGAGCUCAAGGAGCAACUGGGAGGAGGAGGAGCCACCACUUCAGGCGCAGCGGGAGCGAGCGUCGACGACUACGGCGACGACGACCACGAUUUUGGCGCUGGAGGCGGCGGCAGCGGCGGCGGCGGCUCUUCCGACUAUGAAGGCGACGAAGUGGGCGGCGGUGGCGGCACCGGCGCCGAGGACUACAUCUACGAGCGACCGCUGCCGGACUUUAACAUCGACGACGACUACCGCAGCCAGGCGCAGUCGGGUGCCACCGGCGGUGAACCGAAGCUGAACGGCCACGUCGAUCCGCUGGACAUUGACUACUGCCGCGUGGCGAAGAAGGUCAACAUGAAGCAGGUGAAGCGGGGCAUGUGGAAGAUUAUCAAGAAGUCGACGACCACGGAGCUG